AUGGUGCAGGAGUGUGACAUCUGCCAACAACACAAAGGGUUCACUACCCUUCCAGCAGGACUCUUACAACCACUGCCAAUUCCUGAGCAAGCAUGGACAGACAUCAACAUGGAUUUUAUCUCUGGUCUACCAAAAUAUGAAGGGAGGGAGGUCAUCCUAGUGGUAGUGGACAUAUAUACCAAAUACAAGCACUUCUUGGCACUCAGCCAUCCUUACACAGCAACAACAGUGGCCAAGGUAAUGCUUGACUCAGUCAUUAAACUUAAUGGGAUUCCAAAAAUAAUAGUAUCAGAUAGAGACAACAUUUUUCUGAGAAAUUUUUGGCAAUGCCUGCUGACAAGACUGGGCACCUCCUUGCAUUUGAGCACUGCUUAUCACCCUCAAACAGAUGGACAGACUGAGAGGACACAAGUAGUGGGACACAUGUUAAAGGGAGUGCUUGAGGAAGCUCAGCACAAAAUCAAACAACAGGCAGACAAAAAGAGGAUUGAAAGGGAAUUCAAGGAAGGAGAUUGGGUGUAUUUAAGGCUACAACCAUAUAGGCAGACAUCAAUGCAGUUAAGAAAGAAUUUGAAACUUGCUGCUAAGUUCUUUUUCCCUUACAAAAUACUGGAAAGGAUUGGGAAGCUGAAGGCCAAGCUAGGAUCAGGGAAACUUCCUCAAACUACUCUGCCAAAGUUAAACAAGGACCAAGAAAUGAAGGUGACUCCUCUGCAGAUUCUGGACAGCAGGCAAGUAAAGAAGGGCAAACAUAAUAUCAACCAAGUGCUGGUGCAGUGGGAGAACCUAUCAACUCAGGAUGCCACAUGGGAAGACAAAGAAUUCAUGGCAUACCAAUUUCCAAAGCUAAUCCUUGAGGUCAAGGAUUUGAAAGAGUAG